AUGCUCACCCUCGACGGCUCAACGCUAGAAGGCGGCGGACAGCUUGUGCGCGUCGCCUUAUCUAUUUCCGCCAUCUGCAGUAUUCCCGUGCGCAUCACCAAGAUCCGCGCGAAUCGUGCGGCAAAAUCUUCACGGACUACAGACAGAGGUCGUGGUACUCGUGGAAGGAGAGAGGCGCGUGGCGAGGGCGGCGAAGGUAGAGGUGGAGGUUUAAAAGAAAGUCAUCUGGCGGCGUUGAAUUGGCUGGCGGAUAAAUGCCACGCGGACGUAGAAGGGGAUCAAGUCGGUUGUACGGAGGUGAUGUUUCGGCCUGGACGUCGAAAAGUUCCCACUAGCUUUGGAAUUUGCGAGAAGAAAACUGAUGGUGGUGAGGUUGAGGUUGCCGACAGGGCUGAAGACAAAGCGGAAACAGAAAUGAUCACGUUGGAAAAUCCAGGAAGUGUCUGGCUCGUCUGGCAGGCGAUAUUUCCUUAUAUUGUGUUCUCGAUGCUCAGAAUCCCUGAUAAUAGUGAUGGAGCAUCGCUACCGGUCGAUCGAGUCGAAACCGAACAUGAGCCUCAGUGCCAAUUUCAACCACAAGAUCAGCACUCCGACUCCGACUCCACCAACCUCGACUGCACCCAUCCGGAGCACGAAGAUGAUAAUUACCAGCGGGACGAGCGGGGCGAGCCAUUAUUCAAAAUCAUUCUCAAAGGCGGCACUAAUGUUCCUAAAUCCCCGUCGACCGAGUACAUGCAACAAGUCUUCCUCCCAUUUUGCUGGAAGAUCGGACUACCUAGAGUCGACAUCCACGUCCGCAGGCGCGGGUGGGCAGGCAGCGCGCCUGAGAUCGGGGAGAUCGAAGUGUGUGUGUUCAAGCCAAGAGAGACACCCAGAGUGACACCUGAAUCCAAACACGAAGCUAGAUCGGAAUCCCGGGCGAGAGCAGACGAAAGCACUUCCGGUCACCAGGAUGGUGGUGGUGGACAUGGAAGUGAAAACGAAACUGGGAAAGAAAAAGCAACGAUCACAGCCAAUCUUGCGGCAAAAACAGACCCAGAAACUAAAACACAUAUUCCUUUCUGCCUUCCACCCUUCAACACCCACGACCCCGGGCCCAUAACACAUAUAACAAUGACCAUCCUGUCGGGGAGUCCCACGACACAGCACCUCCUCCAAUCCGAGCUCAUCAGCGGUUUACGUGCGCGCCCCAUCUUCUCCUCAUCCUCAUCCCCCUCGCUUCCGGACCCCAUCCCGAUAACCAUACACGCCUCGUCGGGUCUUUCAGGCGACGAACGGCGUCUUUACGUACUGCUCGUCGCGCAUACUGCGAAUGGAUAUAAGAUCGGCCGCGACCACCUGGGAUCCGGAAGGAAGCUUGUAACCGAGGCAGAUAGACGGAAGAUCGUGACCGAGGUCGUGGGGUAUGUGGUGAGGGAGUUCGAACGGGAGUGCGAAAGGGUCAAGGGUGGGCGUUGUGUCGACGAGUUCGCGGAGGAUCAGAUAGUGGUGUUUCAGGCGUUGGGGAAAGGGAAGUCCAGCGUCGAUGUCGGAAGUUCUCGUGGAGAGGGGAAAGUUGAUGGGGGAAGCCUUCAUACCCGGACAGUCAGGUGGGUUUGUGAGGAAAUGUUGGGCACGGUGUUUGAUGGGGUGGGCGGCUGCGAAGGCAAAGGAAGGGGAUGA